GCACUUCUCGGUUCUUUGAGCAGCUUAGAGCCGAAGUGGAAAACAAGUUCGCGAACACGCGAAUUCGCGACUGGAAGUAUUGCCCUGUCGUGGACCCGUCACCGUGGAAAUGUCAACAACAACAACAGCAUCAGUUACACAAGGUUUACGACAUUGGAAUAGAAACAAAAGAGCUUAUAGUUCCAGAGCCAUCCGUUGUGUCAUAGCAGUGGUGUAUAUGCUAAUCAGUCCUUUCUAAGAGGUGCAACCACGCGUUUUUCAGGUGUCAGGCACACAAUUAUCAGUUGAUUCCCGUGAUGGAUAAAACAAACCUGGACUGGGCUAAAGACGUCCCUUGCAGAAAUAUCACAAUCCAUGGGUUUUGUAAAUAUGAAGGUAAAGGGUGCUCGUUCAAGCAUGAUGAUUCAAAAAGGAAUAAUACUGCUGCUAUCAGUAAUAACACAGUUCCGUUAGAUCCAACCAAGAAUAUAUCAAUCAAUGACCUUUCAUUAUCCACAAGACCUCCAAGUGCAAGUUCCACAGUUACAAACCCAUCUUUAGCUGACUCAAAGAAAAAAUUCAACCUCGCUGCUUCAACCUUUCUUCCAUCAUCUGCUAUUUCUAAUGCUCCUAGUUUGGCGCCAACAACAAAAUCAGUCAAUAAGUUCUCUACACUUUCACCAAAAUUAUCAGACAUACCAUCAUUUGUUCCAUCGGGUACUUUUGGAGAAGCAGACUCUCAAUCGGCUGCCAAUAAAUUUAACUUUGAUACUCCAGCUUUUCUCCCAGCAUCUGAAGUUCCCUCAACAUUGAACCGUUCACCAGUUCCAACAAAUCCUUAUCUUGCCCAACCGACAGAUCAAGUUCAACCAAAUCCUUAUGCCCAAACAACGGAUUCUUUGAAUCCAUAUGCGUCGAUUGGUACAUCUCACCAAGAUUUCUUAUACCCACAAUCCUCAUAUCCUUUACAGUACCAUCUUUAUGCCCCUGCUCCACCUCCACAUUUACAAAUACCUUUGAAAGGAAAUGAACAAACAGCCGAGACUUUAUUCAUACCAAAUGAGCUAAGAGAAACUUUACUCAAGAAGAAUGAAUCUACAUUGAAAACUUUACCUCAUUCAAAUUUACCAGAACUUGUUGGUGUCUAUUACAGUUUAGUCCCAUUAGAUAAUUCUUUGAACAAAUCAGAUACCACAUAUGGUUAUAAUAGCUCACUCUAUAAAGCAUUUUCAAAUGUUGAUGGACGAGCAUAUGUUUUACGUCGUAUAGAGAGUGUCAAAAUCUCAAAAGAUAAAAGUUUAUCCACAAUUAAUCGCUGGAUAAGAUUCAAAAAUUCAAAUGUUGCAAAUGUUGUUGAUGCAUUCACUUCAAGAAGCUUUGGUGAUAAUUCUUUAAUUGUUGUUUAUGAUUAUUAUCCAAACUCCAAAAAUUUAAUUGAGCAACAUUUCCAUUCGAACCUUGGUGGUAAACCUGAACCAAUCACUCCAAGAGCAUUAUGGGGUUAUACAACACAAUUGACAGGUGCCAUAGCUAGUGCUCAUUCAAAGAACUUAUCAAUAAGAUCCAUAUCCCUUCAAAAGGCCAUCAUCACUAGUAAAAAUAGAUUGCGUUUAUCAGAUUGUGGUAUAUUUGAUAUUUUAGACUAUGAUGAAGAAAGCUCUGAAGAGAAAGCACAAGAACUAAAACAAAGAGAUUUGAAGAAAUUGGGUGAAAUGCUAUUAACAUUAGCUGCUUCUGCAUCACCAGGUGCCUCAAAGUUUUCAACAAAAAAAGAUAUAAUAGCCAAUUUAGACAAUAUGGAUGAUGCAUUCAAAGAGGCACUUUUAUAUUUAUUGAGCGAUGAAGCGGAGCUUUCCAUAAAAGAAUUUCAAAAAUUAAUAGCACCUCAAUUAUUUGAGGAGUUGAGUCGUGUGGAGGAGAGUGCAGAUUACUAUGAAGCUCAAUUAACAAGAGAAUUAGAAAAUGCAAGAUUGGUCAGAUUACUCACAAAAUUGAAUUUUAUAACUGAUAGACCAGAGUAUACCCAAAAUGCUGCAUGGUCUCAAUCAGGUGAAAGAUAUCCGAUCAAAUUGUUCCGUGAAUAUGUUUUCCAUCAAGUUGAUGAAAGAGGUAAACCGGUUCUAGAUCUUGCAUUUGUCUUGAAGACUUUAAACAAAUUAGAUGCUGGUAUUGAUGAAAAGAUUCUGCUUGUUUCCCAUGAUGAACAAACAUGUUUGAUUGUUUCUUACAAAGAGAUGAAGGAUUUAAUUGAAAGAUCAUUCAGAGAAUUGAGCAAUUAGAACUUCUAUCUCUACCGAGAAAAAACAAAAAAAUCCCCUAAAAAAAUGAAAAACCAUUGAAAAUUACCUAUUUUGAUGUAGAUUUUGAAUUUUUCUUUGUAGUUAGUUUUUGUGUGUUUUUAUUACGACACAAAAAUCAAAAAAUAUACACAAC